AUGACAAUCCGCAGGCGGCGCGCGCGGCCUGCGUCGUCUCGUCUGGAGAACAAGGCAGAGAAGAAGCCGCCCUUGGCUAGCGUUUCCGCGUCGUCUGGGUCGCUGUCGCGCGCCGGUGACCCUCUGAUCCAAAGGACAGACGGCCAAGCGAGGCGCCGCGCGCGGGAAGGCGCCGCGAGGCGGAGCGGCGACACGGAUGCAGACUCGAGCCGCCACACCGGGAACGUGUCUGUGACGUCCAUGAGGCCUACGAGAGUCCCUCGCGGGCGUCGGCUGCUCCCUGAGAGGCCGCUGCGUCUCGCGCGCCCAGCUUGCGGCUGCUGCGUCUCUCCUGCCUCCGGCGCGAGGGCGGGCUCCGCAGCGAGGGCGGGCUCCGCAGCGACGUCGCGCGUCUCAGACCGACAAGCUGUGCGCGCCUCGCCGUCGUCGAGGCUCGCCGGCUCCCGCCACUCCAGCACGGAGGCGGCGACCUCCGCGUCCUCGCCGGGAACUUCCCUCGCGCCUGAGAAGAAACUGCCGCGCCCCAAGAACGCCGGCGGUCGACGCGGAGGCGCACGCGCCCGCAGAGAGAGAGAGAGCGGAGACGCGGCGGACGAAGCAGCGGCGGACAGGGCAGCUGCGAAUGCGCGCGGAGGCGACUGGAGUGGGGAGAGAGAAGACAGCGUCGCGCGCGAGGCGUUUUCUCGCGAAUCCGCGACGGCAGAGAGAGUCCGCGGAGGCGGAGACAGAGGCGGCGUCGAGCAGGGCAAGCGCUCAGCUGUCGCGGAAAAGAAGAAGGCAAGCGCGGAGAGCGCAAGCGAUGCACAAGGGGAAAAAAAGGCCGCGCCGCGGAGGCGUGGCGGGGCGACGUGCAGACGAGGACUCUUUUUCCUCUUCAUCGCGGAGGCAGCUGGCGCAGGCGCGGCGGUCGCCUCAGGCCCGCGCGAAGAAGGCGUUGAAGAGGAGUCGGCGAAGAGCGCGGAGGGAGAGACGAGCCAGGGAGGGAACGGAGACACGCUCCACACCGCGGGCGAAGAAGGAAAGCUAUUUCUCCGCGUACAAACGCGAGAGGAGCGACUGGUGAGAAUCGCUUGUCGUGUGCUGUGA